UCGGCAUCGUGAGUUAGUUUUUCUUUGGAGAAGAACCCACCCUUUGCUUUUGGUGUCUGUGGCUCCCAGACCAUGAGGGUCCACCGGUACCUUGUGGUUGCCUUAUUGGCAACACUUAAUGUUACGUGGACAAAUGCCAAAGCAGUUGUAGCCAAUCGAAACGCAAAAGAUGUUUCAGCAGUCAAAGAAGGAAGUGCCCAAAAAAGAUCCGACGAAGGUUACGACUAUCCGCACCCCGCAAUCGGAUUAAGCGGAUCCGGUGCCGAUUUCGGUCAGUCCGGAUCUGGCGCGGCCGCUGUUGGAGGUGUCGCGAACGCGCAUGUUUCCUUCGAUGUCGGACACGUUGACAUACAGCACGUCGAUGUGAAACAAGUGUCGGACUUAGGAACCGGGGCUAGUGGAUUUGGGGGAGGUUUAGGUUUACAAGGCGGGUUUGCAGACAAUCUUCACGGAGGAGUUGAUAUUCAACAUGUCGCGGAUAUAGAACAUCAUCACGUUGUAGACGAUCAUCAUCACAUUGAUCAUCACGAUAUUGAUCACCAUCACGUUGAUCAUCACGACCAUCACGAUCCGGGCUAUUGGAAAAAGAAAGUGACCUGGAAAAAGGGCUGGAAAAAGAUCUGGAAAACCGCCCAAAAGAAAAUCUGGAAGGUGCAAUGGAAGAAGUACUGGAAACCGAUUUGGGUGCCUACCAAAAAGCCCGGCUGGAAAGAAAUUCAGGUGCCCGAUUGGAAGAAAGUGUGGAAGCCUGUGUGGAAGCCCAUCAAGGUGCCCGCCUGGAAAGAGAUUCAAGUGCCAGACUGGAAGAAAAUUUGGAAACCUGUAUGGAAACCGAUACAAGUGCCCGCAUGGAAAGAAAUACAGGUUCCCGAUUGGAAGAAAAUCUGGAAGCCAGUUUGGAAAGAGAUCCAGGUACCAGCCUGGAAAGACAUUCAGGUGCCAGCAUGGAAAAAGUAUUGGUAUCCCGUAUGGGUAAAGGAAGGAAUCCACGGAGACCACUUCUUAGGCAAAGAUCACGAAGGUAACGAAUACACGGCCCACGACAUCUGGAAAAAGAAACUGGUCUGGAAAGCCGCCUGGAAAAAGUACUGGAAACCAGCCAAGAAGCAAAUCUGGGUCAAGGACAAAAAACUUGAAUGGAAAGAAGCCUGGAAACAGAUAUGGCGCACCGAGAAAAAACAGAUCUGGGUAGCGGACAAGAAACUCGUCUGGAAAGAGGCGUGGAAGCAAAUCUGGCGCACCGAAAAGAAACAAAUAUGGGUGUCCGAUAAGAAACUGGAAUGGAAAGAGGCCUGGAAACAGAUAUGGCGCACCGAGAAGAAACAAAUUUGGAUCCCGGACAAGAAGUUGGAAUGGAAAGAGGCGUGGAAGAAGAUAUGGGUGCCGGACUAUAAAACCAUAUGGGUGCCAGCGUGGAAAGAAAUCUGGAAACCGGUGAUAAUCCAGGAAUGGUUCCCGAGUCCGGAUCACCAUGACCACCAUCACGAGGAGCAUGGGUGGGAUCGGGCAGACCAGCAGGAGUCCAACAAUGUGACAAAGAGACACGUUAAUGCGACUGACGUGCAGCAAAAGAGCUGACGUAGCUGAGUGAAAGCUUUAUGCUGAAUGUACCUGUAAAUAGUAGAAUUAGGUUCUGUGAUUCGUAGAGAUCAGAUUAGAUGGUCCAUAUUGUUUUGAAUUACCGUUAUUAGGUGUACGAACUAGUCUUGUUUAUAAAUUUUAAUGUUGUAUAUUUGUAAAUAAAUUAUUUUUAUUAAA